AUGGCAAGUGUUGGCGAUACUUUCUCAGUAAUAUUUUACCUUCUUUUUUCUUCUUCUUCUUCUUCUUCUUCUUCUUCUUCUUCUUCUCUACCGCCACCUUCUCCUCCUCCAUCUUCUUCUUCUUCUCCUCCGCCUCCUCCUCCUUCUUCUUCUUCUUCCGCCUCCUCCUUCUGCUUCCUCUUCUCUUCCUUUCUAUUUACUCAUCAUUUAUUUAUUUCUUUCUCUUUUAUCAUUUUUUCUUUUUUUUUUCUUAUUUUGUUUUGCUUCUUUAUGUAUUCCUCCUCUUUUUCUAGUCGUCAUCUCAUCUUUCUGCAUUAUCUUCUUUACGUCCUAUUGCAUACAUUUUUUUUUAUUUCUUCAAUAAUUCUUUAUUUUCCUUCCUCCGCCUCUCUCUCUCAUUCAUUCAAGUUCCUUUUUCUCCUCUAUUUCUUUUUCUACUUUGUCGCCUUUCUUUUUUUCUCAUCGUACUUUUCUUUCUUUCCUUUUUCUUUUUCCUUUAUCAAAUUCUUCCUCUUCUUCUCCUGUUCAUUUUAUUUUGCAAGACGUCUCUAG